AAGGCCAACCCGCUCCUGUGUCUUAUGUUUCGGGACCGGAAGAACCAAAGGUGGAUUUUUUGCAAGUUUUCCAUCAGACGAGAAACGGGGCGGGUGAAGAACUCGGCACUGAAACUAAAGUCACUCAGCCCAGCUUUGAAGAUGAAAAAGAAGUUGAUAAUCGCAGUUCUACACUGCCCGAAGCUCUGGCCGGGCCUGGUGAAGAACUCGGCACUGAAACUGAAGUCACUCAGCCCGGCUUUGACGAUGAAAAUGAAGUUGAUAAUAGCAGUUCUACACUACCCGAAGCUCUGGCCGAAGAAAUUGUUGUACCUGAACCAAAGAAAUUCUCAUGGCAGGAACCCACCGAGGCAGUUCCAGUAUUAACAGGUAAU